UGGCUUUAAUUAUUCGUUAAGUCUGUAAUGUUACAAGUUAUCAAUUCUUUAAGAUGGUGAAAGUUGAGUAAUAAUGCAUAGACAAAUCGUAACAGCUAUAAGUAGAAAUCUAACUUGUUGGUCAACUUUUUUGUUCGAAACAUUAAUCUGAUUCUAUCUGAGUAAUGGGCAUGAUGAACAAACAAGUAUCAAGACUGAAGUAAAAUAUUGCAUGCGUCUUGCGAAAUGAAGAAUUAAUGACGAUACCAAUUCAUUAUCGGGGAGCAAGUCGUACCAGAAUAUUUUGUGGAUGAAAUUCCUAGUUUAGGCAAAACUCGUUCAUUUGUAUACUUUCUUCCGUUUGUUAGUUGAGGAUCCCGUCUGGUUUUCUCUGACAGCUUUCUUCAACUCGCUUAUUUGACGUGGAGAAAGUAUAUAGUGCGUGGAAAAAGUGGAUGUCAAUGGCAAUUUCACUUGCGGCCCACCAUCUUUGGGGAAUCAAAGUUUGUUUAUAAAAGGGGAGUUUCUUCGAUAGAAUCGUCACAUUGUUACCAACGUUUGACAGGACACGAAUGGCCCUGACAUUUUAAACUCCUCUUAUUUCAUUACAUUCGAUAGCAAAUCAUGGCUGUUUCCAAAGUCGUGUUGAUGAUUGCCGUGGCUUUAGUUAUCGUGGCGUACGCCCAGGAGGCUGUUGAUGAAGAUUUGGAGCUGGCCGAGACCAAAGGAAAGAAACACACCCGUCACAUCCAGCCUAAUAACAGACCUUCCCCGCAACGAUUUAGACCUGCUAUUCGAGCCGGUGGUCUAAAAGGACGUGGUAGAUCUGACAGCAGUGAAAACGGAGGCUCGAACGGAGGCGACGAGUACUAUGCCAAUAAUGAUGGAUACAUAAUCAUUUCGUAUGGAGGAAGAUUAGGAAAAGGGAAGAAAGGUCAACGUUACGGAAACAAAUAUGGGAGUGAUUACAGUGUUGAAUAUGUCGGAAAUGUGUACGGAUACGAGGACGAUCAUGGUUCCCAGCAUGGAGGAUUUUACGAUGACGGAUACAAUAUUGAACAGGAUCACUUUCAAGGAAGCAGCGGUGCAGGUGAUGGAAACGGUGAAAGCACCGGCUCAAAAGGUAACAGCGAAUCAACGGGCGGCUCUGCAGCUGAUGGUGGAGUCGUCGGUGGAAGUGACGUAACAAGCAGUAAAGGGCAAGGGUCCAAGGGUAAUAUUGGGUCCAUCAGCGAAUCAACUGUGGCCGACGGAGGAUCCAAAGGCAACAGUGGAACCACGAGCGAUGCAGUUGUGACCAGCGGAGACCCAAUGGGCGGAAAAGGAUCAAAGGGGGAAUCCAUGAUUGAAGUACCAAAAGGUGAAUCGAUGGUCGAUUCCACUUUGAGUGGUGGAGAAGCCAUGGGAGAAGAAGAAACUAUGGGUGAAACUGGAUCCAAAGGCACCGGUGAAUCCAUGGGAGAAGGACCAACUGACACUGGAACAAUGAGUGAAAUGGGCGACAUCAAAGAAGGAGAAAUGGGCGAAAUGGGCGACGUCAAAAAAGAAAAAAUGGAAUCUGAGAUGGAAGUAUCAAAAGGUGAAACAAUGGGAGAAGUUGAAACAGAUGUGGGAGACGCAACCGGAGACGAAGAAUUAAAGGGUGUGGACGGAACCGUGACGAAUGGCGAAGGUGCCGGUAGUGAUGACGAAAAAUCCAACAGCGGGAAAAGCAGUAGCGAAAUGAGCAACACUGGCACAAAAGACAGUGUUGAAGUAGGAGGAAGCGCUGAAGAUAGUGAAUACAUCUUAGAGGUUGUCCUAUCCGAAGACGAUGAACUGGAAAAAGAUGCAUCUAACAAAGGAAGUGUAUUAGAUAUCACCAAAGAAAGCCCAGCUAUGGCAGGGUCAUUGGUUACCAUGGAAAAGGAGAAGGUGACUGAUGGCAGUACCUCAGGUUCGGCUGCCACUGUCAUCUCAUCCGCAAUGAGCGGUAAAGAGAUGAGCCUUGCCAUUGACGAAAUGCUCAAAAUGGCUCAGAUGAUCAAAAUUGACGAGAUGAUCAAAAACGGAGAAAUGUCAAAAGUUGACGAAAUGCUCAAAAACGCAGAAAUGAUGAAACCUGAAGUAACUAAAGAAAUCAUGUCUUCUGUUGCUAAUAUGGAGAAGGAGAAUAAGGAAACAAUGUCCUCUGUUGCUAUGGAGACGAAGGAGAAUAAGACUCCCGGAGACGGCGCUUCUAGCAGCACUUCCGGAAGUAUGGGUCAAAGAAGAAUAGGAAAUGGUACCCCAAGACCUGGGAAACCGACAAGUGGAGAUCGAAGAAGAGCAGGAAAAGUAGCACCGGUAGCUUCGACAAACAGAGUACAGCAAGCAAACGGAUCUGUUGGCAGCAAAACCACCAGAAGUUCUUCCGGAAGCAGCCCAAAGCCAUCAAAUUUGCCAGCCAACGUCCGCAACGCUGGAUCACCUAGGAGUAAACCAGACAAUAACCAACGGAAACCCAUUCCACCAAGAAACAAUUCAGAAGUGAAUGGAAAUGGCAACAGAAGACCAUCGGGAAUAAACACGGGCAAAGUGAGCAGUGUUCCUGUGAACAGUGCGAAGAAAUCAACCGUCGUGUCCACCAGUAAACCAGUCAGAAGUUCAAUCGCAAGCGUCGUCAAAGAGCCAAAAAUAUUGCCAGGAAAUGGCGAAAAGGUUACCAGCGGAGGAAAGAACCCCAUCAAAAGUAGUGAGCCAAUCAUCAGUAGUGUUCAAAAUGGCACAAUCGUUACAUCUACAAGCAGUGUGGAUGGAGAAAGAAGAUUCUUAAACAUGGGCAACUGGAGAAAGCAAGAAAAGGGAGCUGCCAGUGGUAAAUCUGCCAUCAGGAGCCCUUCCGGCGCAAGCAGUAGCACCAGAGGCAAACCACCAGGACCUGGAAAUGGCGAAAAGGUCAUCAACCGCGGAAUAAAAGCUAUCCAGCAGUCCAAACCCGCUCAGCUCAUGAAACCACCGUCAAAACUAAAAGCGAAUCCAAUGAUGGGAGACACUAGACCUACUUUCUUCACCGAGAGCCGUCUGAAAGGCGAAACGACAACUGAAAAAUCCAUCCGCACUGAAUUGGGCGGUAGGCCAUCGAAAAACAGCGUCAAAGAAAAGAGAGGAAUUCCCAGCAGUGCACCAGACAACAGCUCAGCUGGUAACAAAGGAGAAAAGGGUGGCAGAGGAUCUGACAGAAGUAAAGGCAAUGAUAAAAAAGAAAUUGUUGGCAGCAGUACAACAGAGUCACCUGUGACUGGAGACGAUGGUAACGCGGGAUCGGUUACUGGAGAUAAACAAAACAGUGGGUUCGUCAGGAACGCAUCUCCACUCAGUAUUGUUCGCUAUUUACGAAAAGGGAUCGGCCGAUAUCUGUAAUUGGUAAUGAAUAUUUUCCCCGGCUCCCGCAAACGGCGGAAUAAUAUGUGCCCCUGUUUCAUUAUUGUUUUCUUAUGCACUUUGUUUAACUUGUUACAAUGCAUUGCAUGGUACUGUGUGCCGUCCAGUGAGUUUAUGUUAGAAAAUAUAACGCAGCUGUUACAAUUUUA